CUGUCUCUUGACUUUGCGUAAGCUGUCCUGUAGCCUGCUGGUGCCACUUGCAAUUGCUGAUGAAGGUGCAAGACUGGAUUCUAUGGCAUUUACAUGCUUUGCAUAAUCACAGGGGAAUGAAGAGGGUGCUUGUGAGGAAUUGCAAUGUGUGCGAUUAUGGUUACUUUUGACACAUUUGUACAUUCGUUUGCUCAGUUUGUAUUUCCAAACAGGAUCCAAGGAUUCUGUAGCUACAAUGUUGUCAAGACUUUUCCGAAUGCAUGGCCUCUUUGUGGCCUCCCAUCCCUGGGAAGUCAUAGUGGGGACGGUGACACUGACCAUCUGUAUGAUGUCCAUGAACAUGUUUACUGGCAACAAUAAGAUCUGUGGUUGGAAUUAUGAGUGUCCAAAGUUUGAAGAGGAUGUUUUGAGCAGUGACAUUAUAAUUCUGACAAUAACACGAUGCAUAGCAAUCCUGUAUAUUUAUUUCCAGUUCCAGAAUUUACGUCAACUUGGAUCAAAAUAUAUUUUAGGUAUUGCUGGCCUCUUCACAAUUUUCUCAAGUUUUGUAUUCAGUACAGUUGUUAUUCAUUUCCUAGAUAAAGAAUUGACAGGCUUGAACGAAGCUUUGCCCUUUUUCCUGCUUCUGAUUGACCUUUCCAGAGCGAGUGCUCUCGCGAAGUUUGCCCUCAGUUCCAACUCGCAGGAUGAAGUGAGGGAGAAUAUUGCCCGUGGAAUGGCGGUUUUAGGUCCCACGUUCACCCUCGACGCUCUUGUAGAAUGUCUUGUGAUUGGAGUUGGUACCAUGUCAGGAGUGCGUCAACUUGAAAUUAUGUGCUGCUUUGGCUGCAUGUCUGUUCUGGCCAACUACUUUGUGUUCAUGACUUUCUUCCCGGCUUGUGUGUCCUUGGUUUUAGAGCUGUCCCGGGAGAGCCGUGAGGGCCGUCCAAUUUGGCAGCUCAGCCACUUUGCUCGAGUUUUAGAAGAGGAAGAAAAUAAACCAAAUCCUGUGACUCAGAGGGUGAAGAUGAUUAUGUCUCUAGGCUUGGUUCUUGUUCAUGCUCACAGUCGCUGGAUAGCUGAUCCUUCUCCUCAAAACAGUACAGCAGAAAAUUCUAAGGUUUCUUUAGGAUUGGAUGAAAAUGUGUCCAAGAGAAUUGAACCAAGUGUUUCCCUCUGGCAGUUUUAUCUCUCCAAAAUGAUCAGCAUGGAUAUUGAACAAGUUAUUACCCUAAGUUUAGCUCUCCUUCUGGCUGUCAAGUACAUCUUCUUUGAAAAAGCAGAGACAGAAUCUACACUCUCAUUGAAAAACCCUAUCACAUCUCCGGUAGUGACCCAAAAGAAAGUCCCAGACGACUGUUGUAGACGUGAACCUGUACUGGUCAGAAAGAGCCAGAAAUUCCACGCGGCGGAGGAGGAGAUGAGGAUAAACACAGAAAGAAAAGCAGUUGAGGUUAUAAAACCCCUAGUGGCCGAAGCUGACACCUCAAACAGAGCGACGUUCGUGGUGGGCAACUCCUCUUCACUCAUUGCUUCACCGGAACUGGAGACGCAGGAACCUGAAAUUGAACUUCCCCUGGAGCCUCGGCCCGACGAAGAAUGUCUGCGGAUCCUUGGGGAUGUGGAGAAAGGUGCAAAAUUCCUUAGUGAUGCUGAGAUCAUCCAAUUAGUCAAUGCUAAGCAUAUCCCAGCCUACAAAUUGGAAUCUCUGAUGGAAACCCAUGAACGAGGUGUAUCCAUUCGUCGACAGUUACUUUCCACAAAACUUCCAGAGCCUUCUUCUCUCCAGUAUCUGCCUUACAGGGACUAUAACUACUCCUUGGUGAUGGGAGCUUGUUGUGAGAAUGUUAUUGGCUAUAUGCCCAUCCCUGUUGGAGUGGCAGGACCUCUGUGCUUGGAUGGAAAAGAAUUUCAGGUUCCAAUGGCAACCACGGAAGGUUGCCUUGUGGCCAGCACUAACAGAGGCUGCAGAGCAAUAGGCCUUGGUGGAGGUGCCAGCAGCCGAAUCCUUGCAGAUGGGAUGACCCGCGGCCCCGUGGUACGUCUUCCCCGUGCUUGUGACUCUGCAGAAGUGAAGGCCUGGCUUGAGACACCUGAAGGGUUCACAGUGAUAAAGGAGGCGUUCGACAGCACCAGCAGGUUUGCGCGUCUACAGAAACUUCACACGAGUGUGGCGGGACGCAAUCUUUACAUCCGCUUCCAGUCCAGGUCGGGCGACGCCAUGGGCAUGAACAUGAUUUCGAAGGGUACAGAGAAAGCACUUUCAAAACUCCACGAGUAUUUCCCUGACAUGCAGAUUCUGGCAGUUAGCGGUAACUAUUGCACUGACAAGAAACCUGCUGCCAUCAACUGGAUAGAGGGACGAGGAAAGUCUGUUGUUUGUGAAGCUGUCAUUCCAGCCCAGGUUGUCAGAGAAGUAUUGAAAACUACUACGGAAGCUAUGGUUGAGGUCAACAUUAAUAAGAACCUGGUGGGCUCUGCCAUGGCUGGGAGCAUCGGGGGCUACAAUGCCCACGCGGCCAACAUCGUGACUGCCAUCUACAUUGCCUGUGGGCAGGAUGCAGCACAGAAUGUUGGUAGUUCAAACUGCAUUACUUUAAUGGAAGCAAGUGGCCCCACAAAUGAAGAUCUGUAUAUCAGUUGCACCAUGCCGUCUAUAGAAAUAGGAACUGUGGGUGGUGGCACCAACCUGCUCCCUCAGCAAGCCUGUUUGCAGAUGCUGGGUGUGCAAGGAGCGUGCAAAGAGAAUCCUGGGGAGAAUGCGCGGCAGCUGGCCAGGAUUGUGUGUGGGACAGUGAUGGCUGGGGAAUUGUCCCUGAUGGCAGCCUUGGCAGCAGGACAUCUUGUCAGAAGUCACAUGAUUCACAACAGGUCAAAGGUAAAUCUACAAGGCCUCCAGGGCACUUGCACUGAGAAGGCUGCUUGAGUGGCCGCCAGCUGGGGACUGCAGCAUGGGCGUGGGUUCUAAGGACUGACAUAAAAUCUGAUUAAAGGCUCGAUGCACGGUCUGGUUGCGAAUGCGUGGCCGCGGUGUGAGGCGAUGCUUGGUGGGGGCUGCCACAGGGUCUGGGGCCACCCUCAGAUCCGAGCGCUCCAGGUCAGUGCCUCGCUGCAGUGCUCUCGGAGAGGUCUCGGCACGGAUUUUAUGCUCUCGGGCAUCACAGGUCUUAAUCUGUCGUCACUGUUGAGAAAAUAUGAGCCGGAACCCGUGUUUUCCUUUGAAGAAAUUCAUGGGGCUCGUGGUGAUCAGUGGGAGACCCCCGCCCCCCGCUGGGUUGAAAAUGGAUUUUUAAAUUAUACAGUAGCUGACGAAACUCCUGAUUUCAUAGUUAAUUUAUUACGUCUGGGUUGUAGAACUUUAAGAAAUAAGAGCUAAGUUUAUUUUUUGUAAAUUAACCCUUCAUUUGGUGCUGGUCUCUCUUGAUUUCUUUUGGGGUAGCCAACGUGAUUCUUGAGACGGGGACCUGCUUUCUUCGAGGGAGGAAUUGCUCUUCUUCCCGAACUACAAAACAGUGUGCUUAGCAGGGCUAAGUCGUUCUCGGUCAGAAACAGGUCGCCGCGGUCCCCUGCAGGUGUCUGCUCAGAGGGGCCCACAUGAGUCUGGAAUGCACGUUUGUCCACAGUGGCCAUCGCGUCCCCUUCAGCCUGAGUCUUUAGGAACGAGAGUUUUGUGCUCUUUAUUAAAGGUACAAGAGCCCUUCAUAGUGCUUAGACAGAGGUGAUUGUUUAUCAGAACCAUACGAAUCAGUGGCCUCUCUCAGAGCCCAGAGGGUGGAAAACACAGGUUUGAAAGAAAAAUACCAUUUCUCUAAGCCAAUUUUAAUUUCUUGAAAGACACAAAUUUAUUUAGCUGAGAAAUCUAGAUAACUUUUUGUCAAGAACUGUAUCAAAUCUGUAUAUGUUGUAAUAAAGCUGCUUGUGCUAGGAAUUUACUGACAGUGUUCAAGGAGUCAAUGAAAGUCCGCUGUGUGCUGAUCAAACCCUGUAAGCGUGGGCCAGAGAAGACAGCGUUCUGGAAUGCUGUCCAGGACGCCCUGGCUGGCUCGUCGAGCCUGAUGAGAGGGGCCAUCAGCUUUCAGAGCCAUGGAGACGCCGCGUGAAUGACCCAGGAGGAGUGUACCUUGUUCCUGCGGCCAGGAGGUUGGUGACUGAAACCUCACAUGGGCUCUUCGAUGGGCCCGGACGAGCUCUUCGCUUCUUCAGGGGGUCAGCAGCGUUGUGGAAUCUUAAUUUUUUUGGAUGUACCAGUUUUGUAUAAAUAAUAAAGAACUCCUUAUUUUGUAUUACA